CGCCCUCCCGGGCUUUGCGGAAAUCGGCUGCUGGCGAGACAAUGAGGCCGUCACAUGACGGGCCGGCCGUAGCCUGAGCCGGAGGUGGCCGGAGUCACGCCGCGCGGGCCCGAGGGACGCCCAGGCAGGAGCCAGCCGCGGGGAUCGGCGCGAGGCGCAGCGGGGAGCCCGGCGAGCGGGGAGCGGCGGCCCCAUGGCCGACCUGUUCGGGGGCGUGGAGGGGGGGGCCACCCACUCCAGGGUCGUGCUGCUGUCUGCAGAUGGCCGGGUUGUAGCAGAAGCUACCGGACCAAGCACCAACCAGUGGCUGAUUGGGCUGGAGCAGUGUGCAGAAAGGAUCAAUGACAUGGUGAACGAAGCCAAGAAGAAAGCCGGGGUAUACCUUCACAAACCGCUGCGGAGCCUGGGCCUGACCCUGAGUGGGGCAGAGCAGAGCACGGCCGUUUCCACCUUGACUGAACAAUUGCAAAGCCGCUAUCCUGACCUGAGUAGCAGCUACUUCAUCUCUACGGACGCAGCGGGGUCUAUUGCCACGGCCACAGCCAUCGGUGGCGUGGUGCUCAUUUCUGGGACAGGGUCCAACUGCAGACUUGUCAACCCGGAUGGCUCUGAGGAAGGCUGCGGUGGCUGGGGACACCUCAUAGGUGACGAAGGCUCUGCAUUUUGGAUUGCACACAGGGCAGUGAAGAUCGUUUUUAACACCAUGGAUAACCUGGAGAAGUCUCCUCAUGACAUAAACUACGUCAAACAAGCCAUGUUUAACUACUUCCAGGUGUCUGACCGGAUGGGACUCCUCACCCACCUCUAUAGAAUCUUCGAUAAAUCCAAGUUUGCUGGAUUUUGCCGGAAAGUUGCAGAAGGUGCUUAUCAGGGUGACACCCUUUGCCAGAGUAUUUUCAAGGAGGCUGGAGAAUUGUUGGCCAGCCAUAUACUGGCUGUGUUGCCUAAGGUAGACCCGAUACUUUUCAAGGGGCCACUGGGCCUCCCCAUCGUGUGUGUGGGCUCUGUAUGGAAGAGCUGGGAGCUGCUGGAAGAAGGCUUUGUCAACACCCUGGCUAAGGGAAAGGCCACCCAGAAGGCCUUCACCCACUUCACCCUGCUCAAGCUGAAGUACUCAUCGGCCCUGGGGGGAGCCAAGCUGGGGGCGCACUAUAGUGGGUACACGCUUCCCCUGGACUAUAACAACAAUUCAGAUUCCUUCUUUACACACAUCUUCUAGUUAGGGCUGGCCUCCCCACCUCGAGACCAAGGGACAUCAGAUGCUGAAAAACCGCAGUGCUUUUGUUAAUCGAUAAAGAUAGCUAAAAUUUAUUAGUUUUAUACAUAGAUCACUUCCCAACAGCCCUUGAAGGCAGAUUCAAAAACAUGCCCACACAAUUUGAGAACUGGAAGGAUCCUUAGGAGAUACUGAGUCCAACCCACUCAUAAAAGGAGUCCUCGCUAUACAGUCCUCACAAGUGGCUGACCAGCUUCUGCUUGACCUGCUCUCAGGGGUCUGCCUAGCUCACUUGGAGAUGGCUCUCAUGGUUAAGAUUUUUUUCCUGAUUUCAAACUUAAAUUGGCCUUUCUGCACCAUCUACCCAUUGCUCCCAGCUGUUCUCUGGGGCUUAAACGAGACCUCUAGUCUCACCGCCACAUAAUGAUCCUUCAAAUCCCAGAAAAUGGGCACCGUCCCUGGGUCUUUUCUCCAGCCACACUUGGCCAGGGCCCUCGACCAGUCUUCCUGCAUUAUGGACUCAAGGCUCAUCACCAUCUUGGUUACUCUCCCGUAGAGGUUCUUCUGCUUAUCAGUGUCCUUAAACUGUGGUUCCCAGAACCGAACACAGUGCUCCAGAUGAGACCUGAUCAGGGAGAGUGGUGGGACUGGCACCUCCCAGAUGAUGGAAGCUGGGCUGGGCCCCUCCUGAAGCGGGCCAGCGUCCCCUAAUUCACAUGGUGCUUACAGGCCACUCAAACUCCUGGGUACUUUUCUGAACUGCUGUCAAACUGUGCUUCCCCAAUCUUAAACUGGAUGAAGUUGAUUUUUGUCCCAA